AGCCUGGCGGGAUCUCCAGGUCGCGGCCGCCAGCCCGCCCGGCCGUAGCUAAGACGAGCGGAAACGCCUCCGUUUUACAAAACAAAGGCAGAAACGGGAGGCGUGCGCGGCCCGCGGGGCUGAGACCUCGGCGGUUGGCCCCUCCGGCCCGGGCGCUGCAGCAUCUUUGGGUGGCCAUGGCGACGAGCCUUGGGAGCGGCUGGCGCUGGGGGUCCGACGGCCGCCAGGCGCCUCCGAAGAUCACGCCGACCGUGGAGGAGCUGCAGAGCCGCGUGCAAGAGACGCUGGACCUGCUGUCCCCGCGGGAGCUGAGCCACUUCCGCGUCCUCCUCAAGACCGUGGACGAGCGGCCGCGCGUGAGCCCCGUGCGGCUGGAGCUGGAGGGCGACAGCAAGGCGGGGCUGGCCCGUCUCCUGGCCCAGCACUACUACCUGCCCGCCGUGUCGCGCGUUCUCGUCAAGGUGCUGCAGCAGCUGCGCCGCGCCGACCUGCUGCCGCGCUGGCAGAGCGCGGAAGACGACGACCGCCGGGAGAUUCCAAGAAAGAUUCUAAAGAGAAGCUAUGACUGCGUGGAUGGCGAACUGGACUGUUACGACCUGAGUGGCAAGCGGAAGGCUUUCCUCAUGUGUGUGGAGAAGAACAGACCCGGGGCUCACCGGGACGUCAUGCUAAUGACCGAAUGGCUUGGCCAAUGCCAGUUUGAGCAUACUUCGUGCAUCGAUCCCAACAAAAUGGAGUUACUUGGGAAAAUAUCAUCAUUUCGGGAUGGACUCAAUGAAAUUAAGGAUGAUGUUGGCUGUUGCCUUGUUACUCUUAUGUCCCACGGGGAGAAAGGCUUUAUUAAGAUGAAAGAUGGUGAGAGAGUCAGCCUGGAGGACAUUUUUGAAAUGUUUAAUAAUAAAAAUUGUCCGGCACUUCAAGAGAAACCAAAGAUCUUUAUAAUCCAGGCCUGCAGAGGAGAGAAAAGAGAUAAUGGUGUUGAGACAGACGAUGAACCCAUGGAGUCUGAUGACGUAUCUGAGAAGAGGAGGCUGCCCACAUUCAGUGAUUACUUCAUCAUCUAUCCUACCCAGGCAGAUCACGUUGCUUUACGGCACCCUCGCACGGGCUCGGUGAUGAUUGAAGCGAUGGCUGAGGUCUUUAAACAGCAUGGAAAUAAGUGGCACAUCGCUGACUUUUUCACCAAAGUGAAUAACAGAGUGGUGCACACUGAGUUUCAUCUACACGAGGAACCCAUAAAAGUGUCACUUGUCAUGGAGUCGACUUUAACUAAAUCUGUGUACUUUUGACAUCGGGAGGAUGAAAAACCAAGGGCUGCUUUAUAACCGACGGUGUAAAGAACAGAGAGCAUUUGUAGCACGGUUCUAAUGGUUAUCAUUUGGGGUUAUUUCUGUCACCAGUUGUACUUCUCCGGUUUGUUUUGCAAAUACGUGGUAUUUUUCCAAGAUUGGGCCAUGUAUAGUUGCCGCUUGUAAAUAAUUUGACUUCUUUGAAAAGAUCACUGUUUUUGAAAAUGGGCUUUCCUGAGCUGUUACCAAAACAGGGAAGCCCAGCUCGAUUUGUGGACCAUUUUUAUAAUGUGCUUCCCUUACUGAUUACACUCCACCCUCUCCUACUUUGGUGCUGGCGUUCAUCCUUGUUUUCUUGGCUUAGUCUUCAAGAGCUGUCUCUGUGUAGUCCUGUCCUGGCUCGCCUGAUUUCCCCCAUGUUGUUGUCUGCAGCCAGACUCGUCUCCUUUUUGACUCCAUAAGCUGUUCUCGAGUCUGACCCGGGGGUCUUCGUUUGUACUUUGUUGCCCUUGAUGCCUCGUGUUUCCACCCGCCACCCAUUCCCCAGCUUCUCCCUUGCUGCGCGGUACCUCUGAAUGCUGUUUUCUCUGCCUGGGAUGCUCUGUUCCACUCCAGUCCUUUCCGCCCCUCCGGGUUUGGUUCAAGCAUCCUUUGCACGGGAAAGUUUUUCCGCCAAGGCCUCAUGCUAGGUCAGCUCUUUCCGAGUGCUCUGCUCACAGACCCAGUGCUUUUCUUCUGCAGCAUUUAGCACCACUGUACUUAAAGGACUGUGCAGUGGCCACGAAUCUCUCUCCAGUUCAGUCAUAAGCUCCAAGAGGCAGAGGCUGUGUGUCUCAUUCAUUGCUGUAUCCCAGCUUCCAUCGGUGCCUUAUGACAUAGAGAAGCGAUGUGAUGAAUGUUUGGUGAAUGACUAGUCUCUUUUAAUUGUUUUGUCCAUUCGUCAGACCUCGCCUCAUUACCUCUGUGCAUCUGGCCACCUUCCAGCCAUCCCCACCUGGCUGGUUGUCCUGUGGUGUCUUUAACUCCCUAAGUUGGAAGUCAACCUACAUUUCCCUUAAAUCUCUUUACAAAACCCAUCUCAUUGUUAAUAAUCCUCUGACUCCCCACUGCCUGCGGAAUAUACUCAGAUUGCCCUAGGAGAAUAUUCCAAGUCCUUCUCUGUCAGGCCUGUACUGCCCGUUUGUCCUGGGUCUUGACCACAUGGGGAUGAUUUGUCCUCCCCUCAGGCAUCCCCUCUCAGAAUCAGGCUUGUGGGUUAAUGAAUGUUGAAUGAAUGCUCUUGGCUAUGUUCAUUGAACAAUGAACUAUGGUUCAUUCUCUCCCUUCCGCCUGAAGCGUCCUUUGUUCUGUGUGCUUUCUCUACACCACACAUUCUUUAGGGUGCGGCUUGGGUCCCAUCCCACCAGAAGGAAAACUGUAUGUAGACUAGCGUUUACUUAGAGUUCACAAACUCCGGGCUGAAGAUGAGCUUUCAUUGUGAUUGUGUUCUCACUUUUCGUGUAACUUUGGACUAUACUAAACCCUGGUUUCCACAUCAUAAAAGGAGAUUUGGCUCGGCUGAGAACUCAUCCAGUCACUGGACUUCCCUGAACUUUGGCCUCUUAAUAAACUGUUCAUGAAUAUGC